AAAAAAAAAAAAAAAACAAAGAAAAAAAAGAAAAGAAAAGCAAAAGAAAACCCUCGUUCCUACUCGCGGCGAAACCCUAAUCGAUCUUCCCUCAAAAAUAAUCGGAGUGAGAGAGAGAGAGAGAGAGAGAAGAGAGCCAUGUCUCACAACCCAUCACAACUUCUUCCUUCAGAGCUGAUCGAUCGGUGCAUUGGAUCGAAGAUUUGGGUGAUAAUGAAGGGGGACAAGGAGCUCGUCGGAACCCUAAGGGGCUUCGACGUCUACGUCAACAUGGUCCUCGAGGACGUCACUGAGUAUGAAAUUACAGCUGAAGGGCGCCGGGUCACCAAGUUAGACCAGAUAUUGCUGAAUGGAAACAACAUUGCCAUCUUGGUCCCUGGUGGUUCUCCUGACCCAGAAUGAACAAGCAAGUGAUUUUUCCAAUGAAUUCUCCACUUCUGAAGCAAUCUGGAGACUGAUGCUGUUUGCUUUCUUGCUAACCUUCAUCUGUUGGGUGUAUUGACCUUAUAUUGGCCAUACACAGCCAGGACGGUCAGCCUUGUAUUGCAUCCGUCUCUAUUAAAGCUCUUUGCUGAGAUUUAAAACUUUUGCUGGUGUAUAUUCUACUGACUGAUAUGAUGAGGUUAAAACGAAGUUAUUAGUUACUUUUCUCCCC